CAACUUCCAACUCAAAUAACUUUCAGUACAUACUGCAACUUUCAUCCCUUUUUUUGUAUUUUCUUUGUUUAUUUCCUAAGUUGCAAUAGACCCACAACCUCACUUUUCAUUCCAAUUUUCAGUUUCAUGAAAGAGAGUCUCCAAUCUGUUUGACAGAGUUGGUUAAACUUUGUAAAGUUGGAAUUUUUGGCUUAUAAUUAAGGCUACCAGAAACAAAGGAAGCAGAGACUCCUAAAACUAUUGCUGUCAUUCUAAUGGAACAAUCCCCUUCUAGAGUCCCACAAGAGUUCAAUCUGGGACAAUGGGCUUUGAAGGCUCAAGCUGCUCGAGGAAACACGAAUUCAAGACGGUUUUCUGCAUCAUACAUCGAAAGAGUUAGGGAAGAAGCAAGGUCAUUCAGAUCAAAUAGAACCAUCUCUAGCACUGCCUCAUCUCCAGGCUACAAUUUGAGAGAGGAGAUAGACCCAUCAACUUACUCCUUCACUACUGCUCUCCAAGCUUUGCAGGCAAGGUAUAGCUACAACUAUUGGGAUUGCUUAUCACCAGAUGGGUUUGCUUUAAACUCCAAGUGGAAUGAAGCAGAGAAGUAUAUAUGCAAUCCACACUCAGGGGAGGUUCCACUGGAGUGUUUAUCAGCUAAAACACUUAGCGCGAGAUCAUUUCGCAACUAUGCAAACAGGACUUCUAUGUCUGCACCUCUUGUUUACUCUUUUCAUUCGAAGCAAAUCCACACAAAGCCUUGUGUUUCUAGUUUUCUACACUUUCCAAUUCAAGAAGCAAGGAUUGUCGAGAGCAUUACUAAGGAUGUUGGCACUCAAAGCACACCACCUGAGCUUCAAUCAAACAGUUCUAGCCCUGUUUCUUCCCCAAAAAUCAUCGUGAGCUUGCCGAAGCAAUGGGAAGCAGAAGGCAGAGAUUCACUCAACUCUAAUGAAAAGAUGAAAAGUGAGAAAAAGGUUGUUGAAAAUAAAGGCAGAAAUGAAGGGAAAAGAGAAGAGAAAGAAAGAAAGGAAAAGGAUGAGGAGAGAUGGAGGUGCAGCACACAAGGAGGAUGCUUGUCAUGGAUGACCAAAAAGAACAAACCAAGGAAGAAGAAUAUGUUUCUUCCCCAUCUAAUUAAUGGCUGCUAAAUGUAACUAAAGAAUGAUGAAGUUACUCAAGACACCCUGUCUAGGGAUCUGUGAGUAUGAAGGGUAUUGGUUUUUGUUGUA